CUUUCACUGCCCGUAAAGAUGGCUGAUUUGUCGUGACCCAGUGCACUGUGGAGUUUGACGUGGCACUCCGGUUUUCUACGAGAAGAAGAGGAGCUUAACUGUCUCGCUGUUCAGCUUGAUUAACAUUCCCAACUGGUAUGAGCAGAGAGUGACAGACAGAAUGAGCCAACAGGGUUACGUAGCUGCACCCCCGUAUUCCCAGGCCCAGCCGGGAAUGGGGAGCUACCAAGGUGGGUUUGGAGCUGCCCCUGCCCAGCCCCUCUAUGGACACUAUGGAGGACCACCUCAGGCAUUUAGUUCUCCACCAGCAGGUGUAAUGAAAUCACCAGCUUCCUCCCCUGGAGGAAUGCCACCGCCUCCUGUAUCCAGUCAGUACAAUCCCAAUGUGCAGCAGAAUGGAGCUCACCCACAGAGGCUUGCCUCUCCAUCAGCUGCACCCCCAACUUAUGGCCAGCCUUCGCAGUCUGUGUACAACAGCAUGGCCUCACCUGCACCACCUCCAGCACAGCAGCUAACUAAUCAGAUGAGUGCUAUGAACCUAGGUGGCUAUGCCCCAGGUGCCAUGCAGAGCCCCCCACCUCCUGCAACAAGCUCCAUCGCCCAGCAGCGUUUCCAGACACCACCAGCAGCAACGGGUCACCCGCAGAUGCAUUCUGCCCCACUGUCAUCACACAUGGCCCCUCCGAUUUCCCCACCACAGUCACCCAUUACGAACAUGCAGGGAUCAGGACCACCAAUGGGGGGACAGUCAAUGACAGGACCACCAAUGGGAGGACAGUCAAUGACAGGACCACUGAUGGGGGGACACUCAAUGACAGGACCACCGAUGGGAGGACAGUCAAUGGGAGGACCACCGAUGGGAGGACAGUCAAUGGGAGGACCACCAAUGGGCGGACAGUCAAUGGCAGGACCACCAAUGGGAGGACAGUCAAUGGCAGGACCACCAAUGGGAGGACAGUCAAUGGCAGGACCACCAAUGGGCGGACAGUCAAUGGCAGGACCACCAAUGGGAGGACAGUCAAUGGCAGGACCACCAAUGGGAGGACAGUCAAUGGCAGGACCACCAAUGGGUGGACCAGGAUCUUUCCAGCAGCCUGGUAGUGGACCCGCUGGUCUAGAAGGCUACCCACAGCAGGCAGGUCAGUUUGGAGGACUCAUGUCUGGGCCUCAGCCAGGCAUGCAAGGGGGCUUUCCUGGAGCACCAGGAGGACUUUCUGGUCCCCCUCAGAAAAAACUGGACCCUGAUUCUAUACCCAGCAUAACCCAAGUUAUUGAAGAUGACAAAGCCAGGCUGGGAGGACAGGUCUACAGCACAAACAUCAGAGGACAGGUCCCGCCGCUCGUCACCACAGAUUUCACAGUUCAGGAUCAAGGGAACGCCAGUCCAAGAUUUAUGCGCUGCACGACCUACACCCUGCCCUGCACCGCUGAGCUGGCCAAACAAUGCCAAGUGCCUCUAGCCUCCAUCAUUAAACCAUUUGCUAAGAUGCCCAAAAAUGAGGCUCCUCUGUAUGUUGCCAAUCACGGUGAGACAGGCCCGAUCCGCUGCAAUCGAUGUAAGGCCUACAUGUGCCCCUACAUGCAGUUCAUCGAUGGAGGCCGUCGCUAUCAGUGCACUUUCUGCAACUGUGUCAACGAAGUGCCAGCCUUCUACUUCCAACAUCUGGACCACAUGGGCCGCAGGGUUGACUUCUACGAGCGGCCUGAGCUCUCCCUGGGAUCCUAUGAGUUUGUUGCCACACUUGAUUAUUGCAAGAACAACAAGCCUCCCCAUCCUCCAGCCUACAUCUUUAUGAUUGACGUGUCCUACACCAACAUCAAAAGCGGACUGGUCAAACUGAUAUGUGAUGAACUCAAGACUCUGCUGGAAAAGCUGCCCAGGGAGGACGGAGCAGAGACCUCUGCAAUAAAAGUGGGCUUUGUUACUUAUAACAAGGUGCUUCACUUCUAUAAUGUGAAGAGCGCUCUGGCCCAGCCCCAGAUGAUGGUGGUGUCAGACACAGCAGAGAUGUUCGUCCCACUACUCGAUGGCUUCCUCGUUAAUUACCAGGACUCCAGGGCCGUUAUCUACAACCUCCUGGAUCAGAUCCCUGACAUGUUUGCUGACACCAACGAGAGCGAAACGGUCUUUGCUCCUGUCAUCCAGGCUGGAGUGGAAGCAUUUAAGGCAGCAGAAUGCAGUGGGAAGCUCUUCAUCUUCCAUUCGUCUAUGCCCACUGCUGAGGCUCCUGGCAAACUGAAGAACAGAGACGACAAAAAGCUGGUCAACACUGACAAGGAGAAAACUCUGUUCCAACCACAGAAAGGAGUGUAUGAGCAGCUAUCAAAAGACUGUGUGGCACAAGGAUGCUGCGUGGAUCUCUUCCUCUUCCCCAGCCAGUACCUAGACCUGGCCACCAUGGGAGACGUGCCUUCACACACCGGAGGCUCCAUCUACAAAUACAACAAUUUUCAGCAGGUGGAGACAGAUGGAGAGCAUUUCCUCAGAGACUUGAGGAAGGAUGUACAGAAGAGCCUUGGAUUUGAUGCCGUAAUGAGAGUUCGUACCAGUACAGGCUUCAGAGCUACAGACUUCUUUGGUGGCGUUUACAUGAACAACACCACAGACGUAGAAAUGGCAGCUGUGGACUGUGAUAAGGCUGUGACAGUGGAGUUCAAGCACGAUGACACUCUCAGCGAGGAGACGGGAGCUCUUAUACAAUGUGCCUUGUUGUACACCACCAUCAGCGGGCAGCGACGCCUCCGCAUCCACAACCUCAGCCUGAACUGCACCUCGCAGCUGUCUGAGCUGUACAAGAGCUGCGAGACCGAUUCACUCAUCAACUUCUUUGCCAAAUCAGCUUACCACGCCAUCCUGAACCAGCCGGUGAAGAACGUCAGAGAUAUCCUGGUCAACCAGACGGCCCACAUGUUGGCCUGCUACAGGAAGAACUGUGCCAGCCCCUCAGCUGCCAGCCAGUUGAUCCUGCCCGAUUCCAUGAAAGUUUUCCCAGUCUAUAUGAACAGCCUGAUGAAAACAGCUCCUCUAGUGGGCAGCACUGAGCUCUCCACAGAUGACAGGGCCCACCAAAGACUAUCAGUGAUGGCUAUGGGGGUGGAGGACACCCAGCUGCAGCUCUACCCACGCCUCAUCCCUCUGCACAACAUAGAUGUCAGUAGUGAGGCAGUGCCUGCUCCGAUCCGCUGCUCUGCGGAGCGUCUCACCGACGCCGGCAUGUUUCUGCUGGAAAACGGGCACUCCAUCUUUCUGUGGCUGGGCCAGGCGUGCCCCCCAGAUGUUAUCCAGAACCUCUUCAAUGCACCCUCCCUCGCCCACUUGCAGCAAGGACACAUGUUUUCCCUGCCAGAACUGGACAACCCGCUGUCCAAGAAGGUCAGAUCCAUCAUCAGUGAGCUGCUCGACAAGAGGCCAAACUCCAUGAAGCUGCUGAUCGUCAGGCAGAAAGACAAACCAGAGAUGCUGUUCCGUCAGUUCCUGGUGGAGGACAAAGGUUUGCACGGCGGUGCCUGCUACAUGGACUUCCUGUGCUAUGUUCAUAGAGAGAUCAGGCAGCUGCUCACCUAAACUUCCAUGCCUUACACAUUAAAGGUGUCCUAUACCGAGGUUAUAAGAGUUCCAGAUGAAAACAGUCUUUAAGAGUCCAAAGCCUUGUUAUACACACAGUAUGACCUAAAAAUAACCACUUGUCAUUGCAGUAAAUAAGGCCUACUUGUUGUGGAUUGUUGUUGAAAUUAUUUUUGGCCUGAGCAAUAAAACAUUCAAAUUUCAUUAGGUUUGGUACGUUUAAGAUCUUGAAAAGACAAAAAGGUUAUUUGUAGGCUGUACUCUAUACAUUCUGUGUUAAUCUUCCAAGAAGAAAAAAAUAUUUAAGUUGUUUUUUUUUGUUAUUUUUUAAACAAUAAAUACUCAAACAAUAUUUAAAUGCCUUUCAGAGGCACGUCUUACAUGUUUAUAUUAUCUGACUGGAAAAUGCUUUAUAAUAAUUGCAUAAUAUUUGAAAAUGUCAGAAUGUCGGUGAAACAAGCCCCCAUCAGCAGGAGUUGGAAAUCUAUCCUGUUUUUAACUCUAGUAGUGAUUCAAAGUGUUUGAUACACCCAUGCCUCCCCUGAAAGUUGCAUUCUUUGUCCUUUUAUGGCAGAGCUUCCAUCUGCACAACCUGCAACCAUGCAGAAAGAGCUUUGUUUUGGUGUUCGGAGCUCACAAUGAAGUGAAUACAGCUGUUGCUUGGCAGCAAACGUGGGGAGGAAGA